AAUUUACUCUGGAACUGCCCUGCUUUAGACUUUUUCAUGGUUAUUAAUUUGUACAAAGAAUCACAAACUGAUACAGCGGGAACCAAACUGGCAAAUCAGGCUGCCGAGACAACUGUGUAAUUCGCUGGAAAAGGAAACGGAGAACCUCUCCUGCGUAUGGGAGGACAAUGUAUAUAAAAAUAUGCAAGAAUCAAAGGAAACCCCCAUAUCCAGUCACCUAGAUGAAAUUGUUGCAGCUAUCAGCAUAACGCCUAGAAAGAAGAUCCAAAACAAGCUGCCGCAGACAGCACUAUACCAGCCUCCUCGAGAGAAACUCCACCUCUGUGAAGAGAAAGCGAAGUCCUACUCUAGCAAUCACGAAUAUAAAGAGGCUGUCCAUGAGCUGGUGCGCUGCAUAGCGCUGACAAGAAUUUGCUACGGCGCCUCCCACUGGAAACUAGCGGAGGCACACAUUAGUCUGGCUCAGGGCUACCUCCAGCUGGGACUGUCGCUGCAAGCAAAGCAACAUGCAGAAAAAGCCAAAGAAAUCCUCACCAACUCCAUUGUGCCUCCCUAUAACGACAAUACAGAUGUUUUCAAGUGUUCGGUUGAACUGUUCCAUACCAUGGGGAGAGCCUUACUCUCCCUUCAUAAAUUUAAGGAAGCUUCAGAGAAUUUGUCAAAGGCAGAGCAACUUGCAAAGGAGCUGCUGCAGUGUGGAAGGAUUAUAAAGGAGGAAUGGAUAGAAAUUCAAGCACGGAUCAAAUUGUCAUCUGCACAAAUAUAUCAAAGUCAGAAGAAACCAAAAGAAGCUCUGCCCCACUACCAAGAGGCUUUAGAAUAUAUUGAGAUCAGUAGAGGUGAAAAAAGUUUUGAGUGUGUACCAAUAUUGAGGGAAUUAGCAGGUGUUGAGCAAGCCCUGGGACUUCACGACGCAUCUAUCAACCAUUUUCUACAGGCGCAUCUCAUCGUGCUGAGCAGAGGCCCCUCCCAAGAGGAGGCAGCAGUCUCCGCACAUUUUGUAGCCCACGCUGCCAUCGCUUCUGGGAGGACCGAACACCACGAUGUGGCCGAGAAGUAUUUUCAAGAGAGCAUGGCUAAUCUUAAGGAUGCUGAAGGGACGGGAAAAGCCAAAUUUCUUUCAAUUCAAGAUGAUUAUUGCCAUUUUUUACAAGUCACUGGACAAAAAGAGAGAGCAACCUCAAUCCUGAGAGAGUCCCUGGAAGCCAAAGUGGCCAUGUUUGGUGAUCUCAGUCCCGAGGUGGCAGAGACCUACCGGCUGUUGGGUGGGGCCGACCUGGCUCAGGGGAACCACAGUGGGGCCCACAAGAAACUGAAGAAGUGUCUUCAGAUUCAGACGCUCUUGUACGGAUUACAGGACAAGAGAACUCUGGCCACCCAGCAGACGGUGGACGUCCUGUCCAAGACCCCAGAGGUGGCCGUGAAGUCUAGGCAGGCCCCGAAAGCCAAACCAGCCUUCUACACCGGCGUGGCCCCACACACUGUGCUGGGGAAGGCCCGGCCCAACGCGGCGGACUGAGCACCCCCCGCCCCGCACCCCCAGAGAGAGCUUUAGUCAUGCCUGGGCGCCGACACUGAGGGUCCCCUAUCAGCCUCUCCAACAAGAAGAUGGAAUCCGACA